UUCGUGUAGGUCUUCUCCAGAGGUGGAGGCGCCCGCGGCGGCCGCGCGCCAGUGGGGAGCCAACCGAGACGGGAGGCGGCGGCUGCGGCGGCGGGAGGAGGGUGAGGUCGGUGGAGCAUCGGCAGCGGGGAGAGCGCGGGCCCCUGGAAGCCCCGGAGGCCCAGGAUAUUAGAAAUGGCUACUCCCCAGUCAGUUUUUGUCUUUGCAAUCUGCAUUUUAAUGAUAACGGAAUUAAUUUUGGCCUCAAAGAGUUACUAUGAUAUCUUAGGUGUGCCAAAAUCGGCAUCAGAGCGCCAGAUCAAGAAGGCCUUUCACAAGUUGGCCAUGAAGUACCAUCCUGACAAAAAUAAGAGCCCUGAUGCCGAAGCAAAAUUCAGAGAGAUAGCAGAAGCAUAUGAAACACUCUCAGAUGCUAAUAGGCGAAAAGAGUAUGAUGCACUUGGACACAGUGCUUUUACUAACGGUAAAGGACAGAGAGGCAGUGGAAGUCCUUUCGAGCAGUCAUUUAACUUCAAUUUUGAUGACUUAUUCAAAGACUUUGGUUUUUUUGGUCAAAACCAAAACACUCGGUCCAAGAAGCAUUUUGACAAUCACUUCCAGGCACGCCAGGAUGGUUCUAGUAGACAAAGGCAUCAUUUCCAGGAGUUUUCUUUUGGAGGUGGACUGUUUGAUGACAUGUUUGAAGAUAUGGAGAAAAUGUUUUCUUUCAGUGGUUUUGACACCACCAGCCGGCACACAGUGCAGACUGAAAAUAGAUUCCACGGAUCUAGCAAGCACUGCAGGACUGUCACUCAACGAAGAGGAAACAUGGUUACUACAUACACUGACUGUUCAGGACAAUAGUACAUUCUUUUUCUGUUCUCACUAAACCCAACUAGUUGACUGUUCUUCAGUAUCGCUGAUGCAAAACAAUGUUCUGUGACCUAUUUCGACAAGUGCAUGAUUUCACCUAACUUGAUACAGCUAUUAAAUAUAUUUAAAUUGUAUUUGACAAAUUAAGCAACAUUCAGUUAGAGAAAUAGCUAAUUAUUAAUUUCCCCAAUUAGGAAAGAUUCUUUAAAAAAAAAAAAAUCUGCCUGGUCUUUUCGCUCUCCUGCCCUUGGGCUUAUUAACAUGGCCAGUUUUAUUACCAAGAAAAGAUUGACUUUGCCUGAUAUAUAUAUAUAUAUAUAUAUAUAUAUAUAUAUAUAUAUGUUAAACUUUAAAAGUUAUUGUAGAUUUAAAUUGUGUGAACGUGAAUGACUUUUGCAGUGAAUCCUUUGCUAAUUUAAAAUUGCAUGCUCUGUAGCACCUCUGACUUGGGUUGCUAAGUGUAGUGAAACUGUAUAAUGAGUCAUUUAGCAAAGGAUAGCAGUAUCUAGGUAAAUUUCCACGGAAAGCUUCAGAAUGGCAUGGGUUAAUGUUUACCACAGAGUCAUGCCUUUUUACAGUCAAAUUGGAGUAAAGGAAAUGAUUGUAUUGCUGCGUAGUCAUUUAGGCUGAGAAAGAGCUGAAAACUUAAGAGAUAUUGCCAAGAGAUUGUUAACUGUUUGGUCCCUGGCUAAUGAUUUUGUAAUGUUGGAAUCAUAGCUACUUUACAUAUCUUUUCACAUUUCUUUCUUAAUUGUUGGCUCUCUAGGGCUUGAUAUGGAUUUAUGUAUUUUUUGUGUGUGUGGUUCCUCUUCUUUGCACUCAUCUUUAUCUAGAGAUUGACUAAUACCUCAUUCUGUUUGUAAGAACAGCCAGUAAUUUCUGCGCAACCUUAUUAUGUGCAAUAUUUUUAAAUUCUAAGAAAUAUGUGCUUUUGUUUUCAAAUAGACUUAUUUCUUUAGUCCUGCACUUUUCCACAUUAUACUCCAUAUGAGUAUUAAUCCUAUGGAUACAUAUUACAAGUAGUAAAUGUGUCAUACAACAUUGUGUGUGAGUGACAGAAAUACAAUAUUUACAAGAUGA